GUUUGGAGUCGUCGUCGUCAGUCUCCGUCGUCGCUGUAUCUCUUCGUGCUCAUUCAUAGUUGGCUGCUGCCUGUGACGAAUAGAAUCAAUACACCAUACACCGGAGGCCACGGCAGUAUCUCUUCUUCUUCUUGGAACUCCGUCUCGGUACCUUCCGAUCAAGUUUCGCGGUCAGUUUCCCGGCGACCUAUUUGUCGAGGCUAAACUUGUAUUUGAACAACCUAUACAAUGGGUAUACUUCGCCAAUCUGAAAAGCUAGGGCUGCCGCUGAUGAAUCUUGUUAGAUUCAAGGGAAUGCCCAUACUCGACCAACUCAAGUUGGAGGAAAAGUUGCUACGGACGACUUCAGAUAACUGGUGUAUUGUGAAUGAUGGAGCAGAUGCUCCUACCAUAGUCAUGGGAGUAUCAGGGAAACCUGCUGAACUUCUUGAACUCGAGUCUGUGAUUGGAGACAACGUUCCUGUUAUCAAACGAUUUACAGGUGGUGGUACGGUUAUAGUCGAUGAAGGGACUAUUUUUGUCACUCUCAUAUGCAACAAGGAUGCUGUUCCUAAGGUGCAACCAUAUCCUCGUUCAAUCAUGUCUUGGAGUGGUAAAUUGUAUGAUGAAGUGUUCCAAGGGAUUGGGGAUUUUCAACUGCGGGAGAAUGAUUAUGUAUUUGGUAAUCGCAAGUUUGGUGGGAAUGCCCAAUCUAUAACAAAAGACCGAUGGAUUCACCAUACUUCCUUUUUGUGGGACUAUGAGGAUCGGAACAUGACUUAUUUGAAGCUACCUUCUCGUGCCCCCGAGUACAGAUCGGCAAGAGAUCAUACAGAAUUUGUGUGUCGGAUGAGGGAGUAUUUGCAGAGAUCAGCUUUCAUAGAUAAAACCAUCAAAGCUCUUGACAACUACUUUUUGGUGCAACCAGCAAACCCAUCUGAAGUUAGCUCCUGUCAGGUAGCAAAAUUUGCUCACUCCACUAGGCUUCUGUCGAAGCAAGAACUUGAGGAUGCUUGCUCAUCUACUAAACCUGGGACUAUAGCUCAGAGUGCAAGCAUUUGAUUCGACAAACAGAAAGUGUGUUGUAGCUUGCCUCGAAUGUCAAGGAGCUCCUUCCACAGGUUUACACUGAACGCUAACCCAAGUUUCAUAAUGUUCAGGAGUUAUGUUCAUAUUGUUACUUUUUUCCAUCUUCAACAUGAACCGUUGAACCAAUUGACCAAUUCAUCAGCAUCGGAUUAUUAGUACACAAGCACAUUGUUUACAGUCCUGCUUGUCAAGUUCAUGCGAGUCAGAGUCAAUUGAAUAACCCCCUCGUGGGUAGGGGUCUAUAGUAUUCAAUGGAAUUGAUAAAACUCUCACCUGAAGUCUGCAGGGUCACAGUGAAACGUAAACAACACAACACACAGAAGAAAAGAAACAGUAUUGUGAAAACUACUACUGUUGUCCUGCUUUUGCUGUAAGGCCCACCACAAGCCUCUUUUCCCCAGUUUUGUUACUUGCUUACUGUUGCAUGUUGCGAUUUUCUGGUAACCGUCCAUGAGUAUUAUUAUAAUAGUUUGUUGUUUGUCUGUUCUGAAUGUUUGACACAAACGAGAUGACAAAACACAUGGCCACUUCCUUGCUGGAAUUUUAAUUGUCCAGCAGUUUUAGGCAGCAGGAUUUAAGGAAGUCUGUUACUGAAAUGGGACUAAUGCUAUUCCCAUGCUUCCAGAGCUACCCCUUUUUAUGCUUAAUAUUGGGGCUUCGUAAACUUACCCCAAAAAAGAAAAUACAUGCAGAAUUCAGAAAGAAGUAGAUUGACAAGGCAAAAGAGGAUUGCUUGAUCGUUUGUUGCAAACACGAAGGUUGAAACUUGAAAGGCUACUAGCUAGCUAACCUGUUUGAGUUAGUCCUAACCCAGAAACACUGCCUCCUUGGGAAAUGCAUCGUUUCCCCUACUCAUGAUAACAUACUGAUCUCAUAUAUAAUCCUAACCCACUACCCACACGAGUGUCUCUUUCUUUCCCCAUGUCUCCCUUUUACCUAGUUUGGAAACUUUAUAUCUUGCUGUAUCUUCAGGCUCCAACUCCAAGGAAGUCUAUAAAUGGUGGUGGUGGGGCUGAGGGUUUGCUGGUGUUGAAUAGGUCCCUUGUUGUUGUUGCUUCUGCUGCUGUGGUUUCUGGGUUCCUUGCUAGUGAUAGUGAUAAUAAUGAUGAUGACGUUGAUGCUUCAAUGACUGUGACUCCAGAUGCUUGCUUGCUACUGAAAGCAGUGAAGGUGGUGGUGUUGGUGGUACCAUCAUCUUUCACCAUGCUACUCUGGUUCUUCUUCAGACUGGGACUCCACUGGCCCUCCUGACCUGCAAGUUUUGGGGAAGAACCAUGGUGUCAUUUAUCAUAUGGCAGUGGAAGUCUUUCUCUACAACUGGAUGGGGAAAACUAUGAGUAGUAGAAUUGGAACCAUGGAGCACAAUGUGGACACUGAUAAGAAGGAAAAUAAAGCAACUUCUAAACUGCAUUUUGGAGCAAACCAGAAAAGACACCAUAGGCCAUGAGGGAUUGUUGUUGUUGUUGAAAAGAGUUGAGCUUGGGAUUGCUGCUCCUAACAAACAAUACUGAACAUGAAGAUGAUUUCCAAUUUCCCAGUGUUUCUUUUCCUCCUUUGCCUUUGGUGUCUCCAGGAGAAGCAGCAUUAGUGCUUCCUCCUCCACUGGAAGUUCCAGAUGGACAGUGGAGUGAUAAUGAUUCCUGGGUGCUGCCACUGGGAGUGUAUUCUUCUUCUCCAACAAAACAAUUAGCAGUGGAAGGCUGGUUGAUCUCUCUCCUGGACCUGCAAUUAUUCCAGGACUGUGCUCUGUAUUUCCUAGCCAUUAUAACAUGCCAGUGAUUCUUAACCGCAUUGUCAGUUCUCCCUGGGAAAAACCUGGCAAUCAGUGCCCAUUUGUUUCCAUAAGUUCUGUGAGCAGCCAUCAGUUUCUCUUCCUCUUCUUCACUGAAGGCUCUCUUGAUCACCCUUGGAUCCAGCUGGUUGAACCACCUCAGUCUACAGCUUUUACCUUCAAAAAUCAGUCAAAGAAGCAGAAGAAUGAGACAAAAAAAAAACCUGAGUGACAGAGAAAUAGUAGAAAAAAAGAGUAAGAGGUAAGUGCAGUUACCAAACCACCCACCUGAUCUUGCUUCCAUCUUCUCUGCAAUGAGGUUCCAGUUCUGAGGGCCAUAAAGGGCAACAAGUUCCUUGAGUUUAGCAUCCUCUGCAGGCCUCCAAUGCCCUUUAGCAGUACUAACUUUCAAGCACCUGCUAUCAUCAAUACUCUUGUUCUUCUUCUUCUGCCUCUCCACACUGUUGUUAUUGCUGUCAUUAUUACUGCACUUGGCCAUGUCUGGAGAAGGAGAGGCCAAAAGGGUAUGCGGUGGUGUGAGUUGAGCUUGAGAGGGAGAAGAAUGUAUAUGAUAAUGAGUAUCUGAGGAAGAGGAAGGAAUGGGAGAGAUGUGAUUGGGGAAGCAGCAGCCAUCCUUGUCUUGAUGACAGCAGCAGCAACAGCAGCAGUAGCUGGAGCCAGUGGUGUUGGUGGUGGUGCUUGUUGUUGUGUUAUGCAACUGUGACAUGAAGGUCACUUCCAUGGUUCUAAAACGGGGAAAGCAAACAAAAACAGAAGGGGGGGAGGAGAGGGAGAAAGCAGAGUGAAUAGAGGAAAGAAAUGGGGGAAGAAGAGUGUACUUGGGCAAAGAAAAGGGGUGGUGGGGUGUUUUUUUUUGUUGUUGUUUCAGUAAGUUGUAACAGAAAUCCACACGAGUACUCAUCCUUUCUCUGCCUGCUCCCCUGCUAUCUGGCCUGCGCCCUCUGACAAAGCAGUUUCAUUUUUCCCUCUGACUUUAAAGAAAACUGAUGUAAUAAAUUUGACUCUUUCUGUGCAAGAAUUACCUCACCACCACCACUAACACCCUGCCAUCUCUCAUCUCUCUCCUAGUCUCUGCAAAACAAACAACCACAUCAGUAGCUUGCAGAUUGCAUUGUUCUAAUG